AAAGCAGCCUGACAGCUUCCUGAUGCUUCCAUUCAUAGAUCAGCCUUAGUCAAAACCUUUGCAUUGUUGUUAAAGGCGCCAACAACUCAACUUGCUGCAGGUCAGUGACUAGUUGACAAACAAAAGAAGCUUGGAUUUUGGUGCGAUUUGUGUAUUUGCUGAAAAGUACAGAAAGGAGCUACAGGCUUUUUUGUUUGUUUUUUCAGGGAUUAAAAUGACCCAGCCAGGAAGUCAGACUGACGCAGCUAGAUUCUCCUGCUCCAUCUGUUUGGAUUUACUGAAUGAUCCAGUAACUAUUCCCUGUGGACACAGUUACUGUAUGACCUGUAUUAAAGACUUCUGGAAAACAGAAGAUCAGAGGAGGAUCUACAGCUGCCCUCAGUGUAGGGAGAAUUUUAUACGUAGACCUAUCUUAAAGAAAAACAUUGUAUUAACAGAAUUAGUAGAUGAUCUGAAGAAGACUGGACAAAAAGCUGCUGCAGCUGAUCACUGCUAUGCUGGACCUGAAGAUGUGGCCUGUGAUAUCUGCACUGAGAAGAAGAUGAAAGCUGUCAAGUCCUGUCUGGUGUGCUUAGUUUCUUAUUGCCAGAAUCACCUCCAGCCUCACUAUGAUGUAUCUGGAUUGAAAAAGCAUGAGCUGGUUGACCCCUCUAAGAAGCUUGAGGAGAUCAUCUGUUCUCGUCAUGAUGAGGUGAUGAAGAUCUUCUGUCGUACUGAUCAGCAGUGUAUCUGUUAUCUCUGCACCAUGGAUCAACAUAAAGGUCAUGAAACAGUCCCAGCUGCAGCAGAAAGGACUGAGAAGCAAAAGGAGCUUCAGGAGAGACGACAACAAAUCCAGCAGAGAAUCCAGGACCAGGAGAAAGAAUUGAAGCUGCUUCAACAGGAAGUGAAAACCAUAUUUGUCUCUGGCUAUAAAGCAGUGGACGACAGUGAGAAGGUCUUCACUGAUCUGAUCCGUCUCAUCCAGAGAAGAAGCUUUGAUGUGAAGCAGCAGAUCAGAUCCCAGCAGAAAACCAAAGUCAGUCAAGUCAAAGAGCUUCAGAAGAAGCUUGAGCAGGAGAUCACUGAGCUAAAGAGGAAAGAUGCUGAGCUGGAGAAGCUCCUAAAAACAGAGGAUCACACCCAGUUUCUCCAGAACUAUCCCUCACUGUCAGCACUCAGUGAGUCUACACACUCAUCCAGCAUUAAUAAUCGUCCUCUAAGAUACUUUGAGGAUGUGACAGCAGCUGUGUCAGAGCUCAGAGAGAAACUACAGGACAUCAUGAGAGACACAUGGACAAACAUCUCACAAACAGUGGUGAAAGUGGAAGAACCAGAAGCAAAGACCAGAGCUGGAUUCUUAAAAUAUUCACAGGCGAUCUCUCUAGAUCCAAACACAGCAAACAGAUUUAUGUUAUUAACUGAGGGGGAGAGAAAAUUGAUAGUGAUGGAACAACAACAGUCUUAUUCUCGUCAUCCUGAUACAUUUACCGGUUCCUUUCAGGUCCUGAGCAAAGAAAGUCUGACCGGACGCUGUUACUGGGAGGUGGAAUGGACAGGAGGGGGAGUUAAUGUGGCAGUUUCAUACAAGAAUAUCAGUAGAGCAGGACUGUCAGAUGAUUGUUUAUUUGGAUUCAGUGAUAAAUCUUGGUCAUUGUUUUAUGACGGAGACAGUUACAUAUUUUGGCACAAAAACAGAGAAACCUCAGUAUCAGGUCCAGUUUCCUCCAGAAUAGGAGUGUUUCUGGAUCACAGAGCAGGUAUUCUGUCUUUCUACAGCGUCUCUGGAACAAUGACUCUCCUCCAUAGAGUCCGGACCACAUUCACUCAGCCUCUAUAUGCUGGGAUUGGGGUUUAUGAAGUUGGAGACCAUGCUGAAUUUGUAAAACUGAAUUAGUCACAAUUGAUUUGAGGUCAAGUUAGUUAAAAUGUGUUUUCUAAUUCCAGUUUAAUUAUUCUCUAAUAUUAGUUGUGUGAUUUCUUCACUGCUCAAGGUCAGCUCUAUUUAUGGAGCUACUUUGUCAUCUUGUUUGGGUGUUUUGUUAUGUUCAUCCAAUUUUUUAUACAUGUGUAACAGUUUUUAAUAUGCAGAUGAUUCCCCUUGUCAUACAGUACAUUUAUUGGGUUCAGGUAUAAUGGGGAGAAACAGCACCCCCUUCUGGUAGUUGGCAGUGAAAAGUGGAGUGUACACAGGGACCACUUAGCCAGUCUUGAAUGAGGAGCACGAGGUAGGUUCACUGAUAUAUUUUAUGCAUUACUGUUAUAUUCCUUAGCCAUCUGUAAAGUGUAAGUAGAUUAAUGUAGAUAUGAAUGUAUUCAAAGGAAACUUUGUUCUUUAUAAGGUGGUUUCUUUGGUGAUGAGUCUGAGCCCUGCUGAUUUUGUGUUUUGCUUUUAAAUACAGGUACAUAUUUUUAUUUCUUUGUAAAUUUGUAAAAUAUUGCUGUUAAGUCUUUGCAUGAGGUGCAGAUUAUUUGGAGACGAGUCUGAGCACUGCUGAUUUUGUGUUUUGGUUUUAAAUACAAAUAAACAACCUUUUUUUUCAUUC